GUAUCAAACACUGAGGUUCUUGUGACCAGAUCACGAGCGAAGCCAAAAGGCACGAGGACCUUACUUUUCAAGAUGAACAGUUGGGAGUAUGACGACCAAGAAGAGAACAUCAAGGAGGUGGCUACAUUGGCCAAGACCCCACGGGUUCAACCAAAGUCGCAGAUCCCCACCAAGUCAAUCUACCAGAAGCCAGUUGUCAAUGAUGAGAAAGAAGAGAACAAGGAGAACGCAGGUGCAGCCACAUUCGACCUUCCGUUCCAUCCACGCGGGCAUUGAGAGAUCCGACAUUAUAAAGUAAGAACAUGACUAGCACAUGGUGAGAGAGUUAGGAUCCAGGUGAUUGCGAGACAGCGGAUAGCAAGGAGGUUAUGAUGCAAUAAGGUAGGCUGCUAGGUGGGGCGUUGGAGGGUUCGUGAAAUUGAGUGUCAAUCAAGCAAG